AUGACAACCAAAAAAAUACCUAUAUCGAAGAAAACAGUUUCCGUUACAGUUGAUCCUGUCAAUUUCAGUGAUGAUGAUGUUAAAUUUUUGGAUUUCGAGGAUAGCAGGUCCUUCGAAAAAUUGGUAGUAGAAAGAAACCGUUCAUCUCCUUCCCCACGUGCACCCCGUUUAAUACUAAAUCGUUCACCUCGCCAACGAAAUGGAGCUACCCGUCACCGACGAAAUGGAAAUAACCGAAGAAAUAAUGGCGCAUCACAACAAAUUAAUCCGCCUCAUCAACCUCUGGAGUUGUAUGUUAAAGAUUAUUUUUGUUAA